GGAGAUCCCCGCCCCUAUUUUCUGGGGAGACAUAAAGACUUCCACGUUAUGUUUUUUCAGCUCUCAGUCGCUUUAAGACUGGAGUGCAGGGAAAAGGUGUUUAAAGAAGACUUUAUCUCGACUGUGGCUGCUGAAAUCAAGAUUAUGUUCCUGUCAGAGAUUCAGACAUAGCGGAGAAUAAAUCCGGAAAGAUUUACAUUUCUGUAUAGGAUCUGCUGUGUCUUGGGACCGAUGCAGACGCCUCCUCAGAUCUUCUCGGUCAGUGCCUGCUCUUGGGUCAGCAGAUUUUGUCGCUUUCAGGCUGAUUCCUUGGAGGUACCUGAAAACAUGUCAGUCAGCGUCCAUGAAAACCGCAAGUCAAGGACGAGCACAGGCUCCAUGAACAUCUCGCUGUUCCACAAGCCCUCGCAUCCCGACAGCGUCCUGACGCACCUUAAUACCCUCCGCAAACAGUGCAUGUUUACAGACGUGACCUUAUGGGCUGGAGAUCGUUCCUUUCCUUGCCAUCGGGCAGUUUUAGCAGCUUGCAGUCGCUACUUCGAAGCAAUGUUCAGCGGAGGCCUCCGUGAAAGCCUGGACAGCGAUGUCAACUUCCGUGAUAGCGUGCACCCAGAGGUUCUGGAGCUGCUUUUGGACUUUGCUUACUCGUCACGGGUCAUUAUUAAUGAGGAGAAUGCAGAAUCGCUUCUCGAAGCUGGAGAUAUGCUGCAGUUCCAUGAUAUCCGCGAUGCCGCGGCAGAGUUCCUUGAAAAGAACCUUCACUCGUCUAAUUGCCUGGGUAUGAUGCUUCUGUCUGAUGCUCAUCAGUGCAAGCGUCUGUAUGAACUCUCAUGGAGGAUGUGCCUCGUUCACUUUGAAGCUGUUCGGGACACUGAAGACUUUUACGGGUUGUCUAAAGACAAGCUUUUAGACCUUAUACUCAGCGACGAGCUGGAGAUCGAGGAUGAGCAGAUCGUGUUCAAUGCGGUCAUGCGCUGGGUCAGGUACGAUUUAGACAGUCGCAGAGACUACCUCCCCGAGCUUCUUCGGGGUAUCCGUCUUGCGCUUUUGCCUUCCGAAUGCCUCAUCGAGGCUGUGGCUUGCGAGGAACUGGUUAUGUCGGACAAGCGGAGUCGGCAGAUUGUUGAAGAGGCCAUCCAGUGCAAGAAGAAGAUUCUGCAGAACGAUGGAGUCGUCACCAGUCCCUGUGCAAGGCCACGCAAAGCUGGUCACACGUUGCUCAUUCUCGGAGGCCAGACCUUCAUGUGCGAUAAAAUCUACCAAGUGGAUCAUAAAGCAAAAGAAAUCAUACCCAAGUCGGACUUACCCAGUCCGAGAAAGGAAUUUAGCGCAUGCGCCAUUGGAUGCAAGGUCUACGUGACUGGAGGAAGAGGCUCGGAAAAUGGCGUGUCAAAAGAUGUUUGGAUAUAUGAUACAGUCCACGAGGAAUGGUUUAAAGGUGCGCCCAUGUUAAUUGCACGCUUCGGUCAUGGAUCAGCAGAACUGGAAAACAGCCUUUACGUAGUCGGAGGUCACACUGCUAUAGCCGGCGUCUUUCCUGCUUCCCCUUCUGUAUCUUUGAAACAAGUAGAACGUUACGACCCUCUGACCAACAAAUGGACCAUGAUGGCGCCGCUCAGAGAUGGCGUCAGUAAUGCGGCGGUGGUCAGUGCUAAGCUAAAGCUGUUUGUUUUUGGUGGGACUACCAUCCACAGGGACAAGGCUUCCAAAGUCCAGUGCUAUGAUCCUCUAGAGAACCGAUGGACCAUAGCAGCGGAAUGUCCUCAACCUUGGCGGUAUACCGCAGCCGCAGUGCUGGGAAGCCAAAUUUUCAUCAUGGGUGGUGAUACGGAGUUUACCGCUGCUUCCGCUUACCGAUUCGACUGUGAAACCAACCAGUGGACCCGUGUAGGAGACAUGACCUCUAAAAGGAUGAGCUGCCACGCUGUAGCCUCUGGGAACAAACUGUAUGUCGUCGGAGGCUACUUUGGGGCUCAGCGGUGUAAGACACUGGACUGCUACGAUCCAACAUCGGACAGCUGGAACAGUAUCACUACAGUGCCUUAUUCGCUGAUUCCUACUGCUUUUGUUAGCACCUGGAAACAUCUGCCUGCCUAGCAGUCUCAAAAUGAUGAGGAUGGACUUGAAAUAGCGCUGCGUCUCUGCGCUCGCCGUGAGAAAGAAAGAGAAAGCUGCAGAGGGAUGGAGCUCGGUGAGCGGCUCGGAGCCGGGAAUCCUGUUUCAUCGCAUGAAUAUUUCAAUAACUGCAGCAGCAGCAGGAGAGAUCACCUGCUGGUUACCACAUUCAGCUUCCAUACAGCGCUGUGUGUGUGUGUGUGUGUGUGUGUGUGUGUGUGUGUGUGUGUGUGUGUGUGUGUGUGUGUGUUCUCGCUUGUUUUCUGUCGGUGUUUGCGUGUCAUUUCCCUUCGCUCCGUUUCCUCAUGGCUCUACAGGCCGGUGCUGAUAAUCACUUCUUCUACGAUACAUCGCGAUAUUUUGCUUUCGUAAAAACUAAAGAUUAAAAAUCUAACGAUUAAAACCUUAUUCGAUCAGUUAUUAAAGUUUAUCGUAACAGAUUACGUAAGUACAUCAGCGCUGCAUACCAAGAACUGCGUUCGACAUUUUACUCCAUAAUUAAUCCCGAAUUAUUUUGCUUUGUAACAGUCGGAGCACGGAAAGCUGUAACUUUGAGUUUUCCGAAAUCUUUACGUUUUUUUUUUUUUUUUUUUUUUAGGUUUCUCGGUAACAUGACAAGCUGCGGGAUUUUUUUUUUGUUUUAUUACAUGCAAGAGAGAUUUAAAAAAAAAAGAGAGAGAGAGAGAGAGGCUGGCGAGGGAACGAGUGUUUAUAGCUGCUAUAACAUAAGUGAGAACAGGAACUUUUAAAUAAACUUUUAAUUAUUUUUUUAUUGUAAUCGUUUUGUAAGAGGAAUAAAACUCUUGGGGACGUGCUGUUAGAGGAAAAGAAACAACGUUGGGGUGGAAAGAGUAACUCGGCUUCGUCAGGUAGUGAUGUUGUUGAUUAUUUUACUGUAACAGCACCGCGCACACACACACACACACACACACACACACACACACACACACAGACAGACAGACAGACACUGUGUUUAUUCCACAGCCAAUCAGCCGACUUCGUUUAAAUUCAAGCGGAAAAUUUAUCGUUGACAAGUUUCUUUUUUUAAAAAAAAAAAAGAAGAAGAUUAAAUACAACACAGCAUCAAAAUAUAACACUUUACAAAUAAUUUAAAUUCUAAUUAUUAUACUUUAUAAAAUUUAUAAUAAUAAGGGCUGAUUUUUCAAUAAAAGUGGGAUCUUUUUUCUGUUCCUUUUGUGGUUCAUCAUAAUAUUAAAUAUUAUUAUUAUUAUUAUUAUUAUUAUAUUGUCAGAAACGUCACAAGCAAAAUAAAUUGCUUCAGUUUACGUUAAAAAAAUUUAAUUAAUAAAAGUAAUAGAUAUUUAAAAGUUACUUCAUCACUAAAGCUCAUCAUCACAGUCGCUGAUGUUUAUAUAAAUUAAAGAACUUUUUUAAAGAAAUGAUUAAAAUUAAAAUGGAGUUGCAGUUGUUGCGUGUCGGAAGGAAAAUGGCGGCGAGUUUCGACGAAGACGGAGAUUUCUGUAUUAAAGGGAAUCUGAAACAGGCUGUUAUUGAUAUAAAUUAUAGAGCUGGUGAUCAAUAACAGCGAAUGUUUCAGUGAAUUAAAGUCCUGAAUCAGACGCUGAAAGGCUCCUGCGCCUUUUAUUCACGCAGAGCUGCACGCUGGGCCAAAACAUCGUGUUUGUAGCCACGGUGACAAAGAGAUCAGAUUACACCGGCACAAUCUGAUUUACGGCCUCAGCAGCAGCACAACAAUUAUCUGCUUUAGUGGGGUUUUUUUUUUUUUCUUUUCCGGAGGGCAGCUCUGACUGGCAAAUUAGCCGGAUUAGCGAAGCACAAUGGCGCUUAUUACAAACUGCACCGCUGGCAGAAAAUCCAGUAACCAGGAUUCAGCGAGUAAAUAAAUAAAUAAAGCCUGGCGUUCGGGUGGAAAACUAACAUCUAGAGCUUGUUUAUUGUUUGGUUUAAUUUAUUUAUUUAUUUACUUUGCAUUCCAUCCAAGAAACAUGACAUCAUCUUUUAUUAAAAAUACAGAAAUUCAAUUAAAUUAAAUUCUGAAAAGCUAAAAGUGCUUUAAAAAAUCCACCAAAGCAACUCGCUAUAUUACUCGUACGUCUGUACGUCAGUAUCUCAAUAUUGGGUAGAAUUUUUGGUUUUAAAACAUAUUUAUUUAUUUAUUUAUUUAUUUUUAAGAAAAGUCAUUUGUAAUUGCUUGAAUUAUAGAAAAUUAAAAGUGAUUGAUAGAAAAAUGAAUGAAAGCCGCUCACUCCAUCUGUGUAAAGGAUUUAAGGGAUAAAAUAAAUAUAUAUCACAGUAUAAUAUAUAACGUGACCAUUUGUUCAUUAUCUGAACUUGAUAUUUUUUUAAAUAAAAACUCUCAAUGAUGACGACAAGAACAUUUUCAGCAAAAAAAGAAAAAAUUUUAAUAAUAAUAAUAAAAAUCGACAAAAUGACCCUAAGAAGUAGAGAAAUGUUUGGAAAUUUUCCCUUCCAAAAAAUGAAAUACAGCAUCAAAAUAAAAUAAAAUCAUUUCGGUAAAAAAAAAAAUAGACAGAAUGUUGACUUUCAGUUUACGCUGGAUGCAACUUGUACGAAAAAAAAAAGACUUUGGGAAUGUUUUGUUUUAAAUACGCUUUAAAUACGAGAAAGAAGUGUGUUUACUGCAUCUGGGGGAAAAUUAAUCGUCUUUAUGGACGCAAAUCAGAAGCUGUAACACGUCAGAAGUAAAAGCUAAAAAAUGUACAAUAACCGAGUCAUUUACACUUUAACUGCAAUAAAAAAAUUAAAUGAAUAAAGCAAUAAAAAAAUAUAAAGCAGACAAAAACUUGUGGAAUCCUUGAAAGACCAAAAAAUAUAAAAAAAUGUUUAAAAAAAAAAAAAAGACAGAAAAUUCUCGUACUCACGUAAAAAUUAGUUGUUUUCACAAGAUUUUUUAUUUUUUUUUUUUUUCUCGUUUUCUUUCAGAAAAAAAAUUAUGAAAAAGAAUGAAAAAUUUGCUCGCGCAAGAGUUUUCCGUAUUCACAAGAUUUUUAUUUAUUUAUUUUUAUUUUUAUUUUUUUUUCAAAAUUACCCCAUGGGGCAAUGAUUUUUUUUUAUAACGUGGAAGAUGCACAAGAUUUCUUUCUUUCUUUCUUUUUUUUUGGCAGAUGUCCCUUUAGGAGCUCUGUAGAAAACAGAGUUCGAUAAUGCUUUUAUUUAAUUUCUUCUUUUUUUUUUUUUCAAAAUUAACAUUUAACAUGUUACAAAUUUUGAAGAAAAUAUCAGUUUGUAAUUAUCCGAUUUGUAAUUAUUCUAAAAAAUUAUUAUAAAAAAUAUAAACAGUACCAGUGAUAUCUCAGAAAAGUUACUUUUUUUAAUGAAACUAAUGAAAGUGCUGUAAAAAAAAAAAAAAAAGUUUUUCCUUGUUUCCCCCAAUUUGAAUAUUUUAAUUAUUAUUUCUCAGUAAACAGUCGAACGUUGGUGAGUAAGGUGUUAGAAUCGCGAGUGUGUGUGUGUGUGUGUGUGUGUGUGUGUGUGUGUGUGUCGGCUCGUUAAAGCUCUUAAUACGUGUGAAAAUGACACGAGAGGAUUUUCAGUGCCGUUUGACGAAACCUAGUUUCAGGAUUCAGCUUUCAGGACAAGUCCGUUCUUGUCGCAGAGACGUAACCGAGUCUGGAGGAGGAGAAGGAGGAGGAGAUGGAGUGAAGGAGGAGGAGGAGAGAGCGUGGAAUAUUAACCAGAAGCUCCUCGCUUUAAUCCGAACCAAAAUCAAAGAAUGUCACAUUCAGUAUCAAAUAAUCUAAAACUAAUAAUCAAUCGAUCGAUCGAUCGAUCAGUGUUCAUUUCUGAAGCACAGUUAAAAGCAACCAAGGUUGAGCAAAGUUCUGUAGAAAGUAAAACUACA